AUGGACAUCAAACCUUUCCUUCAUGAACACUACUUGCUCUUUGAUAAAUACAAGGAUCAAAAGGCAUGUUGUGAUCAUUGCAAUCAGCGAAUUGUUGGUUGGGCCUUUACUUGUGAAACCUGCAAGUUUUGGCUACAUGAAUCAUGUGCUAAACAACAAUUGCCUGGUCAGAUUCCACAUCCUCUCCAUUCUCAACACCUUCUCACUCUGCACGUCGCUCGUAGUUUUUAUAUUUGUGAUAGAUGUUUGAGUCUUACUCAAGGCUGCAUAUACAGUUGCAAGAAAUGUAAUUUAAACCUUGAUCUCAUAUGUGCUUCUUUAACUACUCCUUAUAAGACCCCUCAGGAAGCUAGCGAAAGAUCUCAUCAUAGACAUAAAACCAUUCAGUAUUUCAGCCACUCACAUAGAUUGAGCCUAUUCAACUAUAGGAAAGUGCGAAAGGAUGAGUAUAGUUGUAGAUGGUGUGAGAAGCUUCUGUCAGGAAUGCCCUAUGGUUGUCUCCGUUAUCCAUGUUCUUCUAGAGAGUCUAUAGAUAACAACUUUGAGCAUGGGUCGACAUCUAGCUUGGUGGAUAGAGAAGUCACUAUAGGGAAAGUGACAGGGCAAAAGGGAACAGAGAUCGACUAUUUUGAUCAUGAACAUCCCUUAAGAUUUUACGAGGUUAUUAGAAAAAAUGAAAGUUUUCUCUGCAAAGCUUGUACGCUGGAAAUCUAUGAUCAAGCCUAUGUUUGUAAAUAUGGAUGCAAAUACUACUUACACAAAGCAUGCACCAAAUUGUCCCAUGAGCUGCUACACCCUCUUCAUCCCCAACAUUCUCUCAAACUCAUUACCAGUCGGUUUCAGUUUACAUGUGACGAAUGCAGACAGUGGUUUGAUGGGUUUUGUUAUAGGUGCUAUGCGUGUGAUUUCAAACUUGAUGUGAAAUGUGCUACUUUAUCAGUGCCUGAAAAUGAGAGCCAAAGGCUAAAAGAGAUGGAGACACGAUCCAAGUUGUGCCCUUUCAACCAACACCAUAAGCUAAACUUCUUCAUUUAUGGGUCCACUCUACGGUUCUAUCCCGAAUGCCAUUUUUGUGACCAACAACUCCAGGGACCAUCUUAUGAAUGCAUUUAUUGUGAAUAUAAGCUUCAUGAAUCCUGCCUUGAAUUUCCCCUGGAGAUGCAACUCCAUUUUCAUCCACUACACAGCCUUCGCCUAAUUCCCUUCGCAAGAAAAACUUGUCUUGUCUGCAAAUACUUGAUCUAUAGGAAGAUCAGGUAUAGUUGUCUGCAAUGUGAUCUCCACGUUCAUCCUUAUUGUGCUAAAUCCCAGAAGCGGACAGUAAAAUCUAAGUCUCACAUGCAUAAUCUUUAUUAUUUUGGACCAAAUGCUGGGAGUGGCUUCUAUCGUGAUAAAAAAACAUGUGAUGAAUGCAAAGAAAGGUUUUCUCGUACUCCUUUCUAUUUUUGUAUGGAGUGUGGUAUCAUGUUGCAUAUUAAAUGUACUGUACCACAUUCAGUUAAAUCCAAAUAUCACAUCCACCCCUUGACUCUUAAGGAUUAUUUUAAGGAAGAUGAUUCGGGAGAAUAUUAUUGCGACAUUUGCGAAGAAGAAAGGGAUCCACAGCAUCAUUCAUAUUACUGUGCAAAGUGUGAAGCGCCGUUUGUUGCUCACAUAGAUUGCGGGCUCAAUUCGGUUGAAGAAAACGCAGAAGCAGAAGAGCCAUCCACAAAUCUGGCAUCAGACUUUGAUCACACCUAA